UGACUCAUCGCAGCUCCGGGUCACAUGCUGCUGUCCCGGCCCUAUCAGGGGCGGCUCCAUCCUGCUGCUGCCGCCGCCGUUGGCUUAGAGGACACAUCAUCUCCCCUUGAGGUCCUGCAUCCCUCCUCAGCUCCAUCCUCUCUCCUCUCCACCAGCACUUUCUCAAUUUCUCGUUCACCCCCGCCCUAGGAAGAUUCACCAUGGCGGUUGAGAGGAUCCACGCCCGAGAGAUCCUGGAUUCCCGUGGGAACCCCACUGUUGAGGUGGACUUGUACACACACAAAGGCAUGUUUCGAGCAGCGGUCCCCAGCGGUGCAUCCACUGGUAUCUACGAAGCACUGGAGCUACGAGAUAACGACAAGUCCCGUUUCCUUGGAAAAGGGGUCCUGCAGGCCGUGGAUCAUAUCAACAGCACUGUCGCCCCAGCUCUCGUGGGCUCUGGCCUCUCUGUUGUAGAUCAAGAGAAGAUUGACAAUCUGAUGCUUGAGAUGGAUGGCACCGAGAACAAAUCCAAGUUUGGUGCCAAUGCUAUCCUGGGAGUUUCGCUGGCUGUGUGCAAGGCAGGAGCUGCAGAGAAGGAUGUCCCCCUGUAUCGGCAUAUUGCUGACCUGGCUGGCAACUCUGAUCUCAUCCUUCCUGUGCCAGCUUUCAAUGUGAUCAAUGGAGGCUCCCAUGCAGGCAACAAAUUGGCCAUGCAGGAGUUCAUGAUCCUGCCUGUGGGAGCUGAAAGUUUCCGUGAUGCCAUGCGCAUUGGGGCUGAAGUCUAUCACAACCUCAAGAGUGUCAUCAAGGAGAAAUACGGCAAGGAUGCUACCAAUGUGGGUGACGAGGGAGGCUUUGCCCCCAACAUCCUGGAAAACAGUGAAGCUCUGGAGCUCCUCAAGGAAGCUAUCGACAAGGCUGGUUACACAGACAAAAUUGUCAUCGGUAUGGAUGUGGCAGCCUCUGAGUUCUACCGGGAUGGCAAAUAUGACCUGGACUUCAAGUCCCCAGAUGACCCAAGCCGCUACAUUUCUGCAGAUGAGCUUGGUGACCUUUACCAAAGCUUUGUACGUGAUUAUCCAGUGGUCUCCAUUGAGGAUCCCUUUGACCAAGAUGACUGGGAGGCCUGGUCCAAGUUCACAGCCAAUGUUGGGAUUCAGAUAGUGGGAGACGACCUGACGGUGACAAACCCCAAGCGCAUUGAGCGAGCUGUUGAAGAGAAGGCCUGCAACUGCCUCCUGCUCAAAGUCAACCAGAUUGGAUCUGUCACGGAGGCCAUCCAAGCCUGCAAGUUGGCCCAGGAGAAUGGCUGGGGUGUGAUGGUGAGUCACCGGUCUGGGGAGACUGAAGACACUUUCAUUGCUGAUCUGGUUGUAGGACUGUGCACUGGGCAGAUAAAGACGGGUGCUCCCUGCAGGUCUGAACGCCUGGCUAAAUACAACCAGCUCAUGAGGAUUGAGGAAGAGCUUGGCGAUGAAGCACGUUUUGCUGGACACAAUUUUCGCAACCCAAGUGUUCUUUGAACAUUGUCCCCAGGGCAUAGCCACCCUGCUGCUCUUUCCCACAUCACAGACUCUGAAUCCUCCGUCCCUCCACUGCUUUCUUUUUUGCUCUUUCUUCCCCCUCUGUCACCUGGUUUCCUCUCACCUCAGAGCCGCAUGAGUUCAGGUAUCCCUGGCUAGAUGUACCCAGGUGAAGGAUGAAAGAGAGGUCUGCACCUUGUCCCUUGCUUUGGGGUCAUAAGCAUUUCUGGAUCUAGGCAUUUUGUGUCUUUUAUUUUUGUGCAGGGCCAUGUCUGAGUCACUCUGUUCACAUAUUAGACUAUGGGAGCGUGCUGCCCAGUGCGUUUACGUUGUACACCAAAGUAUGUGCCGUGAACAUAUGUGCGUCGGCUGGUGUGUUUGGACAAGUGUUGCACCUGUAGCUGUGUUUGGACGAGUGUCACCAGUGGCUCGCUCUCAUUGUGCAUGUGUGUAGGUGUAUGUGUACUGGCCUACAGCAUCAUUGUGCCCCAGGCGUGUUUGUGCUGAGCUGUGGUGGGACCCAAGCAUCUCUUCCUUCCACUCUGAGUGCUGUGCUGUGUUGAGCUGUGCUUGCAAGCAGCUUGGUGUUGAAGUGCACCACUGUCCGUCACUGGCUGUCUGUGUGUGUGCUGUCAGUCUCCAGGCUCUGUGAGGUCUUGUGGGUCAGCGCAUAGUACUGUGGGGCGAUAUAUUAAAACACAGUCAUAAAAAUUAACAUGCUCUCAUUUGCUCCUCUUGACCUUCUCUGUUUCCAUCCCUCUUGCACUCCUUUACCCUCUCCUCCACCUCUGUCUGCUUUACCUUCUGGACAGCCCAUGCUCAGCAGAGCAACAAACUACAGAACCCUAAACUCAAUUAAAAUGUAUUUCACAC